AUCACAUUGUAUGCCGCAUCACAGCUCCAUCAUUGAAUAGACCAAAACGCUCGUCUUCCCGUUUCAUCAUGUCGUAAUCUACAAUUCUGUAUAUUCGACCUUCAGGUUGCAAGUUACCAACGCUCUUCUGCGAGCUUUCUUACCAUUAUCCGCUCCAUACUACAACCUCGAAAUCAAUACUCGAGAAAGUAUCAAUCUAAAACGGUAUCAUGUCCGAGAUCGAUCCUUCAGACCAUCACCAUGGCUCUGCACCCAUCUAUCAACCGUCGAUGCUAGACGAGGAUCAAUCUCAUAGCGCAGCUCCCCUCUUACCCAAGUCUGACGAAUAUGAAACCGCAUCAGCAGACGGGAUGAAAGGGCUCGAAAUGGGAGACGUCAAGAACCUCAGCCCGAGCCCGAGCCCCAGGCCAAGCUCGACUUUCAUGGUUGACGACGAAUGGACCCCUAGAUUCAAACGGAGCCAUACUCGAACCAGAAGCUUCAGACGGACCUGUCUGCUGUUCCUUCUCAAGGCUGUUCUGGCCGUUUGGUUCAGUGUAGUGCUUUACAAUGUGAUUAGAUAUUGUGCGAAGCACUCGCCCAAAUCCACCGGUGGUGAUCUCCCAGACACCAGCGCCAGCACCAGCGACGGGGGUAGCCCCGCGUCUGCAUCUGCAUCUAAUGACCGAAGAAUAACCGUCGACUCCAACGCCGACAACAUACACGGCGUGUACCCGCUCUACGACUCCCUGUCCCUCACCACCACAACAGGUAACAUCACCGUAGCCAUCGCCCCGCAGCCCGCACACCCAGACCACCCAUUCGAGCCAGCACGGCUGCAUAUCCGCUCCCUCUCAGGGACAGUCACCGUCUCAUUCACCGCGCCCGAGGCAGCCGUCCUCCCGGACCUCGAACUAGCCAUGGAGCUGCACCAGGACCAAGAUGGAAAUGGCUCAUUGCCACAUAGCGAGGGCAUGAAAACCUGCGAUCUCCCCGCCCGGCCCUACGAGCUCGACAUCCAAACUGAAACUGGCCCCAUCGCGGGCCGAAUGGUGUUUUCGCGCUCUGCGCGGCUGGUUUCGGGCGGUGGUGAUAUCACUGCUAUGCUUAUUCCGGUCAUUGGUGGUGUUGGUGAGGAUUGUACCAGGGGGAUGUGGCGGAAUGUGUCGAUCGUGACGGAGACGGGGGCUGGUGAGCAGCGGGUUCAUGUUACCGAGCCUUAUGUUUUAAGUUCCAAAACUGAGGCGGAGGCGGAGGCUGAGGCCAAUUACUUUGUGGCGGGGUGUCAUGUUGCGGGGAAUGGGGGCAUGGAGGUUGCGUAUCCGGCUGCUUGGGCUGGGAAUGUGCAUGUGCGUACUGAAGGUGGGAGUGUAAGGCUCGAGGGGGAGAGAGUGGAAGUUGUGCAGUCGGGAGAGGGGAUGGUUGAUGCGAUGGUUGGGAGGGGGAAGAUCAGUGAUGAUGAGCAAGACGAAGACGAUGAUGACAAUGACGAAAGCGAUGAUGAGGAUGAAGAUGACAAGGAGGAAGACAACGACGACGAUGAUGAUGACGAUGAUGAAAGAAGGCUAGCAGGACGGAUGGAUGUAACCUUCAGAUCCAAGGAGGGGUCAAUCCUGUUCUAUGUUGGGUAAAUGAAUUCGAUAAUCAGAAAAAGUCUUCGUUUGCAAGAGUGAAUGAACCAGC